CGUGUUUCGCACUUCCGGUUUAAUUCUAAAAAAAUCGAAACAAUUCAAUGGAAAAUUAAUACUUUUUUAAGAGUCAAAUUCUAUUGUGAAUUGGAGGUGAUUGUGCUCGUGAUGGUGAUUGUGCUUUCUGAAUGAGUAGAAAAAGUUCCAUUUUUCAAUCCCCCUUAUCUCGAAUUUUCCCGCCCUGGAAUGCCAGACGUUGGCAAAUGGGCACUCCUUUUGGGCCUCCUCUUUCCCUUGGCUUGGGCCAAAAACGAAAAUUAUCAGAUGAACGAUGUUUGCAAAAAUCACUUCCUGCGGGACCUCUACAGGAAGAUAGAUGGCGCUGUGCUCACAUCGCAAAACGAGAGAAAUCUCGAUUGCGCCAUCACGUUCCAAACGCACAGCAUUCUCCAAAGAUUUAUGCUCAGGUUCGAUCGACUCCAACUCGACUGCAACGAUCAUCUAUAUAUUUAUGAUGGAGCGCAUGCAGUUGGAAAUUACAAGGUUGAUUUGUCCUGUAGGAGUACAGAAUCAUCUGUAAGUGCCCUAUAUACAAGGACCAACUUCGUGACUCUAAAAUACGUCACAGAUGCCUGGGGAACGGACACAAAUGGCUUUAGACUAGUCAUCAGUGCCAUCAAGGAUCCAAAGCAUGCCUGUAAGGAUUUUCGCUGCACUACCAAAGAAUUCUGCAUAGACACAGACCUUGUUUGCGAUGGUAUUCGACAUUGUGAAGAUGGUUCAGACGAAGCAGCUUCCACCCUUUGUGCCAAUCCAGAAGCGUCGACAAUUCUCGGGAUGGAGAAGACAUUAUUUGCGGUGGCGAUGGUCUUCAUAGUUCUGAGUAUGGUGGGCAUCGUGGCAGCCGGAGUUUUGUGCUUUUGCAGGCAACGAACAGCAACAACGCCGAGGCAUUUGCACAACACACACAAUACCCAGGCUCACCCUCCCGUCAUCUUUCCUUUGCAACAGAUGUACGGAUCGAACGGAGCGUCGACCGGGAUGCCGGCGGGUAUGACCAGCCUAAAGAGCACAUUCGGAUCGCUGGGCCCAAUUGGGACCGGGAUAACCGGGGCCACGACCCUUCCAAGGCCGGGAAACUGGCUGCACCCUGCGGGCCUCAGGCACGGGCACAGCGCGGCCCGGGUCCGCCUCUACUGCCAGGCAAAGUGAGGAGUCACGGGUCGGAUAGCGACAUCUCCUCCAGCCAGAAAGACGAAUGGUUUGUGUAGAGGCAGGCCUGGACCAGAGUCCGCAGGGUGAAUCGGAGCGGUGGUGCCCUCACCGCCCCUCGGCGAGGUGUUAUUUGAAGAAAAUCGCCGGUCCGCCACUAGCAUCGUCGCUAGCAUCCAAAAAUGGAAACGAUUUAAAAAAAAAAAACGAAAAAAAGAGCUUCGUGAAACGAAACUCUCACAAGACUGAAAAUAUACGAAACGGAAAAUUUAUUUUCCCACUCCCAAAACCUCGACGAAUUACCUGUAAGCGUCGUCUGCAAUUUCAAUUACAUUAAAUAAUUAAUUAAAAACAAAGGGAUCAUUUUUAUAUAGUAUUUUUAAUGUUUUGUAUAUUUCAUACUAUUCUGAUUUCUUAUAUCAGGGACUUUUAAUGAUCUAAAUUUUUCUAUCGCUUAAUUUUUAAUUACUCUGAGUCUUCGCAAAUUUGAAUUCAAGCAUUUACAUUGACGGGAUAUGGAAGUGUUUGAAAUUGUUUUCUGAAUAAGUCUUUUCUUUUUAGACAAAAGUGAAGGGUCUAAUUUACAGGGAGCUUAGAGCCACUAUGAAGUUAGCUGAAGAACGCAGCUCGGCUCUAACAUUCGGAAAACUGAGAACCGAGUUGUGUUCGUCAGCUAACUUGAUAGGGACUCUAAAAAAUCAAUCUAGCAAAAAAAAACCAUUUCGAUCAUGCUGAAUGAAAUUUGAUCCCGUUUAAUUGAAAUAUUAAAAAGAAAAUUAAAAUCAGGACGAUGCAGUGUGCGAUCGGACAGAACUGAGUGUGAUUAUGUGUAUGUGUGUGUAGAACGUUUGUGUGUAAAUAAGUCUACGGAUAAUUUCCGUUGAGUGAUUUGUUUCUAAGUAGGCAAAAAUCUAUAUGUUUUUCCAACAACUUUUCCCGCAUUUUAAGAAUAAUCGAAUUUAUUUAUAGAUAAUAGAACCAUUUAAUUUUUAUGAUUCAAAAGUUAACUUAUUGAAAUUAAGAAAUAUUUCAUUCAGAAAUGUAUAAACAUUUAUCAUUCCCAUUAAUAUUAAAUAAAUAUUUCAACGGAAUUUUCUGAAAGUUUCAAUGAAAAUGAGAAGUUUUUAAAAAUGAAAUUAGUUUAUUAUUCAAAUGUGUAUAAAUUCACAUAUUAUUAUCGUAAACUGGGACUAAGCGACGCAUCUAUGAUUAUGCAUUCCUCUUCCUCCUCUUCCUCCUCUUCCUCCUCUUCCUCCUCUUCCUCCUCUUCUUCCUCUUCCUCCUACUCCUUCACUUCCUCUUCCUCCACCUCUUCCUCCUCCUUCGAAAUUUAAACUCUGCUUUCAUAAAGGCACAUAUGAGCCGUUUAGCUCCCGAUUAAAAUAUAGAGUGUUUUUCCAACAAUUAUUGCCGUUUUUUAAAUUUUAAUUUUGAAUUUUCAGUACAAUAGCGAUAAUUCAGUAUUUAUUUAGAUUUCAAUAAACCCAUAACAGAAUAAUUACAAAAUUGAUUUAUAAAAAAUAUAACCAUUUAAUUUUUAUGAUUCAAAAGUUGAAUAAUGAAAGUUAGGAAAUAUUUUUCUUUGCAACUUUUGAUCUGAAGAACUUGUUUGAAAUUCAUUUAGAUUGAGUAAAGUAGAUGCGUAAGCAGGUGUUUUGAUGUGCAUUUUGUGAAAUAUUAGCGAUGAAAGUGUCUUAGUUAAAAAGUAGAUAAAAAGGAAAAAAGGAGAAUCGAGUCGCGAGCGUUUUGCUGAUCUGAUUUUUUCAGAUCGGAAUGUCUCACCUAAUUUUAGCUUAGACUAUUUUCACCCAAAAGCGUCCGUCUUUUUUGUAAAUACACCUCUAGGUUUGAAACGCUCGUUGACAAGAUUCUUAUUAUAAUAUAAACUAUGGAUUAUAAUUAUAAUUAUCAUUAGAAUUAUAAUUUUUUUAUUAUUAUGACCAAUAUGAGUAGCAGAGAACCAUAUAUUGUGGUUAACCGUUUUGAGAACUUUAUGUUAAAGAAAUGCGAAACCGAAAUGAUCCAAGUGUAUAAAGCGGAUCUUUUCUCAAAGCCAAGUCGUAACAUUUAUUUAUUUAUUUACUAACAUUAUUCAAACUAAAUUUAAUCCUUUAAUUGGAAAAGAAGCAACUGAGUAUUUUUAAUAUGUAAUGAUAUUUUAGAAUUAGAAUUGCAUAUAAAUUCUUAUUCAAAGCCAUUUCUCGAAAUAAUCUUGGAAAACUGACAUGAAUUUACAAUGAGUUUCCCGAAAAAUUCUCCAGAAUAACAUUUACCGAUAACUGACUGAAAAAUCAAGAGAAUCUUUUUAAUAAUUUGCGCCUCCUCCUCCUCCUCCUCCUCCUUAUCAUCCUACAUGAACUCUCCGAGAAAGUAAAAAAUAGUUGACUUUUUUCUCGGGUAAAUAAUAUUACAAUUUCUCGGGAAAUUUUCUGAAAAAUCAGGAAAUUAUAUUCGUUAAAAUUCCCCAAUUUCGGGAGAAGUGAUAAAAUUUCAUUCCUUGUAGUUUUUGAAACAGUUUUCCGUUAAUUUAUUUAUUUGUAAGUUGACGCUUUUUUCUUUGUCCCUUUUUGAAAAUAAUAAAUUUUUUUAAAUAUAAAUUUCUUCAACAUUUUACGACUCGGGCUUGAAACUCGCAUUCUAGAAAUUUUCCGAAGAAAGUAUUGAAACCGCUUCAUGUUUGUCUUUGCGCCAUACAUUAACCACCGUUCCAGAGAAUUCGGUGUAUAUUGGAAAAAUACAAUGUGUUAGCAAAAGUGAAUAAUAAAAUUUAUUACAAAUUUUAA